GAUGAGAGAUUUCUGGCAUAUGAUAUGGCAAGAGAAUGUUGGAAAAAUAGUGAUGGUAACACAACUUGAAGAAAAUAAAAAGAAAAAAUGUGAAAUGUACUGGCCUGAAACAGUUCAUACACCAAUGGUAGUAAACAACUAUAUUGUUACAAUGAAAGAAGAAAGAGAACACACAGUUUAUGUGUACAGAUUGCUCACAGUAUCGAACAAAAAUAUCAAGAACGAAAAAGAACGAGAAAUUCAUCAUUUUCAUUUUACUGAGUGGCCUGACCAUGGUGUCCCAGACAGCAUCAAAGUGGUAAAUUUUUACAGAAACGUCAUGAGUAAAACGUGUAAUCAACUUGGACCGAUUGUUGUGCACUGUAGUGCUGGAAUUGGACGAACAGGGACAUUUAUAGCUGUAGAUGCAUUGUAUGAAAAUGGAAAGAAAGUAGGUUAUAUAAAUGUGAUGGAAUGUAUACAGAUGAUGAGAAAAGACAGAAUGAAUAUGGUUCAAACAUGUGAACAAUAUGAGGCAAUAUUUGAAGCCUUGUUGGAGUUGUUCACAGUACCAGAUACGUCCAUACCGAAGAAAGAGUUUUGUCAGUUUAUAUCGGAUCAAGAACAGAGGAAAUUACCACAAAAUCAAAAACUUUAUAAACUAGAAUUUCAGAGAUUGGAAACACUAAGACCUGUGUAUCCUCCAUCAGAUUUCUCUGCUGCUACAUCAAAAGAAAAUAUAUCGAAAAAUUCGAAUAAGAAAAUAUUUCCACGUGAGUAA